UCUGCCGCAUCAGAUAAAGCAACUCCUAAUGUUACCACUUUGGAAAAAACAAGCUUCUCCACUCCCUCUGAUUGGUCUACAAGCAUCUCUAAAAUUCGAACUGAGCUGAAUGGUGAGUUCAAAUUCGGAGCAAAGCCAAACAACAAAGUGGGUGAUCAUCGUGGACGGGUCAGUUGUGGAGAUACCGAUUGGGCAGAAAAGCUGAACUUAUCCACUGAGCUUACCCAUGGGUCGGUUCAAAGUGUGGAUGCGUCUAUGUCCACUUAGCACAGUCAUGGGAUUCCUGCCAUUGACAGAGUUGGAUUGGGGACAGUUGGAAUACCCGUGGUGGAUAAUCUUAGCCGGCACAACAGAGAUGGAAGAGUUGGCUGUGAGCCGGAUGCCGGACAGAGGCCAGACGAAAGAAAUUGUAAGGAUGACUAGAUGGAAUCUGAUGGAGGAAGUGAAAUUCCUACCUCCAAUUGAUGAGUGCCCGAACUCCAUCCACUGUUUAGUCAUGAAUAUUAUUGUGUGGAAUUGCAGGGGGCCAUCAAAGCCCUCUUUUCAAAGUCAUGUUAGGGAACUGGUGCAUAAUCAUGAUCCAGCCAUUAUGAUCAUUAUGGAGACCUGUAUUGGGGGUGAGCAAGCUAAGGAUAUCACUGGCAGACUUCCUUUUGAUGGGGCCAUUCACACGGACACUAUUGGGUUUGUUGGUGGUCUGUGGCUUUUGUGGAAUUCAGACAGAGUUCAGGUCACCCCUUUGGCUUUGUCGGAGCAAGAAAUCCAUGUUAUGGUUAAGGAAUUUGGUGUCACAGAUAGGCCAAGUUCGGAUCGGCCACUGUUUUCGUGAAGCAAAUUCAUGUGCUGACUUCUUGGCUCGGUUAGGAACUCAUCAGGAUAGUUGUUUUGUUUUGCAUCAUGAUCUGCCUGUGGAUUUAUUGGGCAUGUUGAGCUCUGACAGAACUGGAGCGUAUCAUAUCAGAUCCAAAUCUGAUCCCCCCCCCCCCCCCCCAAGUUUUUUGUCGUUAAUUCAAGUUUCCUUUUACCCAAAAAAAAAAAAAAAGUUUCGAGGAAAAAUGUCAUGAGACCCACCUGAACUUUGAUGCAGCGGCUAUUACACCCCUCAACUUUUCUUCUAGCCAAUUUACUCCCUAAACUUGACAUGUGUCAAAUUAAUACAUCCGUUAGUGCUGUUGAAUCUGCAGUUUAAAGUGAGCUCACGUUACCUCACGUUCAAUUAUAUUAUAACAAGCCAAACACUGAUACAAAAAGAAGCUAAGAGGACUGAGGGAGAGAGAGGCCAUGGCAUCGCCGGACAUCGUGCUCCAGCAGCCGUUCUUGGUUGUUUGUAUGCAACAACGCUGGUAACAUGUGCACAGAUCUGGCUUGUUAUUUUUCAAUUAAGGAAGUUUAAUAGAUGAACAUGUGCACGGAUUGAGCUUCAGUUUAUAUUCUACCUUUUAUGAUCAGCAAUUCUUCAUCUUGAUGACUAACCAGUACCAAUUACCAAGAUAAACAAUAAAACAAAUUUUUACCCAAGAAAUUAAUUUAUUUAAAAAAAAAAAAAAAA